UUAAGACCACACCUAUCUCUUCCUCUUUCGGCCGACCAUAUCAUACUAAGAAUAGGGUCUCUCUCUUCGUCUCCGAAGAAAGACCCUCUCUCUCUCCUCUCUUUCUCUCUCUAUAAAUUCCGUUUUUAAUAUUUCAAUUCGAAAGUUUAUCCAGAUAACGGGGUUUUAGGUUGGAAUCAUGGCGAGGAAUCUGGUUCAGUCUACUUAUAUUCCAAGUGUGGCAACCGGGAGAAGGCUUGGCUACUCUAAGGGGUCUGGGAAUGCCAGAAGGACAGUCAUGUUCUGUACUUUACGAGCACCUGCAUUGAGAAUGAGCAGUUACACAGGACUCCGGAGUGUUAAUGCUUUAGAUGUUAGCGUAAAACCCAGGCAUAACUUAUUUUCGACGGUGAAAUUCGCAAACACUAAACGUCGUGAACGAGCAAGCAGAUGUGUGCCUAAAGCCAUGUUUGAGCGCUUCACAGAAAAAGCAAUUAAAGUAAUUAUGCUUGCACAAGAGGAAGCAAGGCGGCUAGGUCAUAAUUUUGUUGGUACUGAGCAGAUACUUUUGGGUCUUAUUGGUGAAGGGACCGGUAUUGCCGCCAAGGUUCUCAAAUCCAUGGGAAUCAAUCUUAAAGAUGCACGAGUUGAAGUGGAAAAGAUAAUUGGAAGGGGUAGUGGAUUUGUUGCUGUUGAAAUUCCAUUCACUCCUCGUGCAAAGCGAGUUUUGGAGCUGUCACUGGAGGAAGCUCGUCAACUUGGUCAUAACUAUAUUGGCUCCGAGCAUUUGCUUCUGGGAUUGCUUCGGGAGGGUGAGGGUGUAGCAGCUCGUGUUCUUGAGAAUUUAGGUGCUGAUCCUAGUAACAUUCGCACACAGGUUAUUCGUAUGGUUGGUGAGAGCACAGAAGCUGUUGGUGCUGGUGUUGGAGGAGGGACCAGUGGUAAUAAAAUGCCGACUCUAGAAGAAUACGGGACCAAUUUGACUAAGCUAGCGGAGGAGGGUAAGUUGGAUCCUGUUGUUGGAAGACAACCACAAAUUGAACGUGUCGUCCAAAUUUUGGGUAGGAGGACCAAGAAUAAUCCCUGCCUUAUUGGAGAACCUGGUGUUGGGAAGACUGCAAUUGCAGAAGGUCUUGCUCAACGGAUUGCAACUGGUGAUGUUCCAGAAACAAUAGAGGGAAAGAAGGUUAUAACUCUGGAUAUGGGCCUUCUUGUUGCUGGUACAAAGUACCGUGGAGAGUUUGAGGAAAGAUUAAAGAAGCUAAUGGAGGAAAUCAAACAAAGUGAUGAGAUUAUUUUGUUUAUUGAUGAGGUGCACACUUUAAUUGGAGCAGGAGCAGCUGAAGGGGCAAUUGAUGCCGCAAAUAUAUUAAAACCAGCUCUUGCAAGAGGUGAACUGCAGUGUAUUGGAGCCACAACUCUUGAUGAAUACAGAAAGCACAUUGAGAAAGAUCCAGCAUUGGAAAGGCGAUUCCAACCAGUCAAAGUUCCUGAACCAACCGUGGAUGAAACCAUUCAAAUUUUGAGAGGGCUUAGAGAGCGUUACGAGAUUCACCACAAGCUCCGCUACACUGAUGAAGCCCUGGUAUCUGCUGCUCAGCUAUCAUACCAGUACAUCAGUGAUCGCUUUCUGCCUGAUAAGGCAAUUGACUUGAUUGAUGAAGCUGGUUCUCGAGUUCGCCUUCGUCAUGCACAGCUACCUGAAGAAGCUAGAGAGCUUGAGAAAGAGCUGAGGGCAAUCACUAAAGAGAAGAACGAGGCUGUUAGAAGCCAAGACUUUGAAAAGGCUGGGGAGUUACGUGACAAAGAAAUGGACCUAAAGGCACAGAUCACAGCUGUUGUUGAUAAAGGCAAGGAGAUGAGCAAGGCAGAGAGUGAGGCAGGAGAUGUAGGUCCUCUCGUGACUGAAGUGGAUAUUCAACAUAUUGUGUCCUCCUGGACUGGAAUUCCAGUUGAGAAAGUGUCCACCGAUGAAUCAGACCGCCUCCUCAAGAUGGAAGAGACCCUCCAUAAGCGAGUGAUUGGUCAGGAUGAAGCAGUCAAGGCUAUUAGUCGUGCUAUUCGCCGAGCCCGUGUUGGACUGAAGAAUCCUAAUCGUCCUAUUGCCAGUUUCAUCUUUUCUGGUCCAACUGGUGUUGGGAAAUCUGAGCUCGCAAAAGCAUUGGCUGCUUACUACUUUGGUUCUGAAGAAGCCAUGAUUCGGCUUGAUAUGAGUGAGUUUAUGGAGAGGCACACUGUUUCCAAGCUCAUUGGUUCUCCCCCGGGUUAUGUUGGUUACACCGAGGGAGGUCAGCUGACUGAAGCCGUUCGACGCCGUCCUUACACUGUGGUGCUUUUUGAUGAAAUUGAGAAGGCACAUCCCGAUGUCUUCAACAUGAUGCUUCAAAUACUCGAGGAUGGAAGAUUAACCGACAGCAAGGGCAGAACCGUGGAUUUCAAGAAUACACUUCUGAUAAUGACAUCUAACGUCGGAAGCAGUGUUAUUGAGAAGGGAGGCCGACGCAUAGGAUUUGACCUUGAUUAUGAUGAGAAGGAUAGCAGUUACAAUAGAAUUAAGAGCUUGGUGACAGAGGAACUAAAACAAUACUUCAGACCCGAGUUCUUGAACAGGUUGGACGAAAUGAUUGUUUUCCGUCAACUCACCAAGCUGGAGGUAAAGGAUAUAGCAGAUAUAAUGCUCAAGGAGGUAUUCGAAAGGUUGAAGAAGAAGGAGAUAGAGCUUCAAGUGACGGAGAGGUUCAGAGACAGAGUGGUUGACGAAGGAUACAACCCGAGCUACGGAGCCAGGCCUCUAAGAAGAGCGAUCAUGAGACUGUUGGAGGACAGCAUGGCUGAGAAGAUGCUUGCAAGGGAGAUCAAAGAAGGCGACUCAGUCAUUGUGGACGUCGAUUCUGAUGGCAACGUGACCGUGCUAAACGGCAGCAGCGGUUCUCCCGAGUCCUUGCCAGAGCCGAUUCCCGUUUGAAGAGUUAACGUAGGCGCAUGUCGUUGAUCUGUUGGCAAUAUGUCUGCAUCUAUUUUUCAUUUGCACUUUGGCCAUUGAACGUAGUAUGUUUUAAUGUCGAAAAGGACUAGUCGGUAGCGGCAAUCGAAAGCUGUUUGUUUAAUGGUUCAUCGCCUGAAUGUUCAAGGCUGUACCAGUUCAAUACAGAAAAAUAGCAAUUCCAUACUUCAGUUUCCCAAAUAGUAGAAUUAGACUUCUCUUUUUACACCUCGUGUGGUGGUUCAGUGUUGGUAUUUUUAAUAAAAUUUUCAACUGUUAAACUUC